UCAUCUCAAUUCCGGUUUUGUCUCUUAAGAAAUAUUAAGAACGCAAUCGGUUCAAUGCAUCUUUCAAAUAUAAUUAAUCCACCGAUCCACGAGCGACCUUUUUCACCACGCAUAUGAUAUAUCGUCGCGUAAAAUACUUUCUUCCCUUGCACACCUUGGUAUAUAUCAAUUGACCUUAGCUCCCUGGCCAACUAUAAAAGGGGCAGAGAAACAAAGAAGAGAAUCCCCACAAUUUCAAUUUCAAUUCCUAACACUCCCUUCCCCUCCACAAAAAGAAAAGGGUCAACUUCCAAAUAGACUCAGCCCUCAGGCCUUACCUCUGCCUCUCCUCUGGUUCAAGAACAUGGAUGAGUACAAUUACUACAAGAGGUGUGAGAUUCCGGCAUUUGGGAGCUGGGACUGCUACGACGGCCUCCCCUUCACCCAGUGCUUCGACACCGCGUCGCGGCACCCCACCGCGGCCGGUCUCUUCCGCUACAGCUACCCCAAUGACCGUGACCUCUACGUCGCCGGGGACCUCUACGCCAACGAUGUCGUCACUCCCACCAUGAUCGUCGUCCCUCGCCGUCGACGGACAAAAGUCAGAGGGGACGACAACGUUGUUGAUGUCAAAGGAGAUGCAAAAGCAAAAGGUGGGAACUGGGUGGGUGGAGGAGGCUUUGAGGAGCCUCUGAGCCCUACGCCAACUUUUGUGACGAGCCGGCCGACACCGAAACCGGUCGAUGAAGACCUCUACAAGAUCCCUUCCGAGUUCCUCCAUGCCAAACCUAGGAAGAAGAGAGGGCUGAGGUUCUUUACGUGCUGCUCGGUGCCAACCUGUGCCUUGUAAGGCUCUCUGCGAGAAAGUUCAGCUUAUGCGUGUGGGACUGCAUGUAGAAGUACAUAUAAAUAUGAAUAUGAAUAUAUAUUAUAUGUUCCCAUAUGAUGAAAACAAGACAUAUAUUUUACAACUUACUAUCAUAUUUUGAGUAUGUUUUUUUUUUUAAUAUCUGAUUGAUCCCUCUAUAAGAGGAUGAUGAAACACUAAUGAUUCCGAAAGUUGUCGUAGUGAGAGCAUUGUAAUCACACUUCUGCCAUGAGAUAAUACGAUGAUGGAUGAGAAAGCGCUUUCUUGAA